AUGGCUCUAACCAUAGCCAACAGUGGAGCUACUGGUGGAGCUAGGCUCCUGUACUGCAGCUCCACCAGACAUCCCUACACCAAUCUCUCCUCUCAACGCCACUUCCUCUUCCCUCUCUCCCCCAGAAGGACCCUCCACGUGGUGUCAGCCAAGAGGUUCACGUCCAGAACUGGGAGGUCCGAUGGCAAGAACAAGAGAGGCACCACAACCACCAGAGACCAAGAACAAGACCCACUGCGCCUAGAACGGACGGCUGAGAUUGAAAACGCUGAUGGUGGUGUUUCUGUUGACAAUGUUGAUGAUGGGUAUUUCUUGCCUAAGCUUCCGGGUGACGAACCUGACUUUUGGGAAGGUGAAAAAUGGGACUUUCUUGGCUUCUUUGUUGAGUACUUGUGGGCUUUUGGUAUUGGCUUUGCGCUUAUUGCUUGUUUCGUUGCUGCUACUUCUUACAAUGAAGGAGCAACUGAUUUCAAGGAGACUCCUGUGUACAAAGAUUCAUUCCAGUCUCGGGAGUUUUUGGAAGAACCAGAGGCAACUAACCCGGAUGUCUUCGAAUCCAACCCAACCGAAGUGGCUCCUAGUUUGGAAUAG